UUUACACAGACCUACAAUUUUGAGAUCGAAAUGGCAUGCGAAGGGUGCGCGAAUGCAGUGAAGCGAGUUUUGUCGCAGCUUGGGAACGAUGUUUCUUCUGUACACACAGAUGUAACGAAAAAUAUCGUAACAGUGACUUCCACCCUUCCUGAAAGAACCAUAUUGGAAACGCUCCAAAAGACUUCAAAACCCGUAAAGGCCAUUCACUGA